AUGGUUUAUGACGGUUCUAACAAGGGCUUUCCGAAGACUCCUGGAAAAGGAAGUGUAUUAAAGAAGUCACAAAAGUCUAAGUUCGAGAAGCAACGAGAGGAAGAUGUUGUUAGAAAUGCUCACGAGCGAGGUUAUUUGCGCACCCCGACAGCGAAUGAUAUUUGGGACAGUAUCGGCGAAAAGUGCGAUCUUAAUGACAUAAGCUACUUGAAUAUGAGUAGGAUAUGCCUUCAUACUGUUCAAACCAUUGACUGGUGUACGAGGCUACGAAUAUGCGUUUUGCAUUCCAACUACAUUUCUUCAUUUGAUUCUCUAGCAGCCUGUAGGGAUCUUGUUUUCUUGGAUUUGCAUAAUAAUCAGGUGAGCUUUUCAUUCCCUGUAUGCCGUGAACUUCGAAGCUUCACGUACUCUCGAGUCAAUUCCUAACAUUUUAGAUUUUGAAUGUGGCAUUGUUUCAUUUUAACCAUAACAUGAGAGAGUUUCGGUUCUCACUUUCACAAACCACAAAGAAGGUUGUCUUAUUUAUUGUUCAUCGUCGCACCGGUAGAGCCUAGGUGGUCGUGAGAUAUCGGACAAUCGGACAUCAGAGAAUGUUCCGGCUAUUGGCAUAAAUUUCCGACCAAAUUUUGAUGUCUCGAAGUAUUUUUUCUCACUCAGAUACAGUGAAUAUUCAAAAGUCGCCUAAGUUUAUUCAGAUGAUACCUCUCCUAUUCCUCAUUAAUGAAAACCCUAAGUAUUCCUGAAAGAGGGGGGAAGGAGAAGUUGCGUUAUGUAUUUAGUUUUCUCAUUUGAUCUUUUACAUCACUAAGCAUAAACGUUCAGAGUUCUCUAGAGGUACUAGUAGCUGGUGUUCACUUUAAAAUUAUUUGGGUGAAUGGCCGCUGUUUGUAUUUUUAAUUUGAAUAAUUUGUCGUUAGGUAUCCAAAUUGAUGAUAAAUAAGUUUAUUUUGUUAAUAAUGAGAACGAUCUUAAUUCUAGGAUAAGAUCUUUUAAUGGCAUAUAUGAAAGCAAAAAUCUGUAAUCUGUACUCAUCAGAUAACAAAACUCCCUGGUCACAAGUUUUGGGCAUCGCUCACAGAACUGAAGGUUGUUUUUCUACACAACAACAGCAUUUCUAAACUUGAUGAUGUGAACUACAUGGCUGCAUCUUCCAGCAUUUCUAUUCUGACUCUAAAUGACACUCCUCUCAGCCUAAAACCAAAUUACAGACACCAUUUGGUGAACAGUUUGUGGACCUUAAAGUCCCUUGACAAUUAUGUGAUUUCUGACGAAGAAAUCAUAGAGGAGUCAUCUUUUGGUGGUCGCUUUGCACCUUUGCAAUCAAGUUUUUACAUUAACUGUUCUUGUUCUCUAACAAAGGUAAGAAAAAUCUUGUACUUAGUAUCUGGCCUGGCUCUCAAUCAAAUCACCUGACCUCAGUUGCAUCAAAUAAAUAAGAUAAAAUUGUUUUUUCAAAAUCAAUUGGUGUUAACUCUGUGAAGCUUGAAGGGGCAUUUGAAAUUAUUUAUUUCCAGUACAAAACAGAAAACCUCUUGAUCAGAUUUGAUCAAGAGGUUUGAAUCCUCACACAAGACAGAUGUUACUUUGUCCCUUGUUCACAAUAAAUCCGUGACAUAUUUCUUUAAAGUAAAGCUGUUGUGAAUCAUUUUGAUGUUCAGCAUAUUUCUAUAUUGUUUAGCAUGGUAGUAAAGGUAAAGUCUUUGAGAAAUUUAAAACCUGUAAUUGUAAUGAAGUAGCUUGUAUCAUACAGUGUGGCAUAGUAACCUCUCUUAAUAAAUUGUCAGGCAUCAAGUUAAGAAGAUCAAUUUAUUUUGGUUCUUUCAGGAGAACACUUAUGAGGAAGCACUGAAAGAAGUUCACAGGCUUACAGCUGAAGUGAAUGGAAUUCAGGCAAAAUAUUGCCCAGUGUUGAUAAUACAGAGAUACAUCCGUGGACACUUGACAAGAUUAAGGUUUAAGUUCAUUCAGGACAUGAGAUUAUGGUGAGACUGAAGUAAAUUUAAGUUAAAAUGUGCCUUGACCCGAACAUAGUUGGGUUAAUAGUCUUAACCCAUUACGCCCUAAGAUUGUCAUCCAUAUUCUCCAUACUACUCUCUUUACAUUUCCAAAUCCAAAGAGAAUUUGUUCAACAAUCAAUUAGGCUCUUAGGCAAUCUUUUCUCUUAACCCCAUUACUGCCUGCGCGAGGUACAGAGUAUGUCACACAAUUUGAAUACUGUGUGUCUCCAUGACCUACUCAGUACAUCAAAAGUUAGGGUAAUGGUCAAAUCUCUUGCACUGGAGAUGUUAAAUACGCUAGCCUCUAAAACAAGUUAAAAUUUUGAAAAAUAAUUAAUACAUAUGCUUUGACACACCAGGACUUCUCAGUAGAUUUGGUAGUUCAGUGGGUAAUGAAUGAUUAAACAGUAUUACUGUAAGGAAAAAUAAGAUGCUGAUCACUCUCACGGUUUAAUGAGUUAAAGGAAGCCUACAAACCCAGAAUUUUAAGUCCAGAGUGCAUUUCAAUUGGGGUGUUUUAAAGCCAAAUCUGAUAUUAUCACAACUUUAAAAAUUUUCAAGAGGAAUUCUUGACUGCCAUCAUUCUGUGUCAGCAACCCUUGUUCUUGGUGUUUCUCGUAUCCAUUUUUGCUCCAAAGGUGUACCAAAUGUUUUUUUUGGACCUCACUUAUUGUUCACCCUUUUAACGCUCAGAAGCGAAAAGUGCAUAACCUCUUACAGUAUCAAACAAACCGGAAAUGAGAAUUGACAAACUUUCUCGGAAGGGUGUUAUCUUGAUGUAACUGGUGUACCCGUAACUUUCCCAUACUUGAAAGAAAAUGAAAGGAGAGACGUGUGACCAUGGACGUUCUCUGUUCCUCCCGUUCGUGGGCCUCAGUAACUAACUAAGCCUGUUCCUCAAGUAGUUAUUUUUCGUCUCAUCAUCAGGGCUGCAGUCUCCAUUCAGCGGUAUUACCGUCACUACAAAGGAUACACAGCAGGGGGUACCCUACCACCGCCAACAUCCCCAGCCCCCAGCCGUUCCAACUCGUCCUUGACUCGCUUUGAUUACGAGACGUAUUUGCAUGGAAUAAAACCCGGUUAUCCGAUCAGUCCAAGGGCUUCCGCUGGGAGGAUUGCAAGACGCCCUCGUAGUCGUAAUGUGUCCAUAACCGUGGAACCUAUCAGCAGCAUCAUUGAAGAAGGCGAAAGGAGAACAGAGGGAAGAGUUACAACUUCUCCGGUAGAAGAUCUUGAGAUUCCAAGAAAAGACAGCUUCCCGGUUAAAAUAACUACUAGAAUUUCUUUGAACCUUAGGAAGCUGGAAACUAGUACUUCUGACGUAAUUAGAGCUAAAAAGGAAGCUGUAACUAUUCAUAAGAACCUGGGUCUGAUCGAUAUCAAGUCCAGGAAAAGUAUGAUUGAAAGUCGUGAGUCGAUGCGGAUCAAGUUAGCCACACGAAAUGACAUCCGAGCGAAAAGCAGGGAACUACAGAGGGAGGAACAAAAAAUAGAGGAUAAAGAGGGAAAGAGGAAAAAGCCACACCGAAUUGGGAAGUACACCACUGUGCGAGUUUUCCUGGGGCGAGUUGUCGACUCGCAGCCGCGCACCGAAUGCGAACCGAACGACACUGAGCAUGAGCCGAAGAAGCAACGAUUUCGAUUGUCGGGUCUUCACCCCCCGAUUCAAAAAACUGACCCGCUGCGUGAGAUGCUAAUUUCUAAACAAGAGGCUGGAAAGGAUGUUAGAGAGGCUGCAAGGGAAAUAGAAAAAAGAGCGGCUGAGGAACCAAAGAAAGUUGUUACUAAACGUCAAACGGUUACCACGGAUCAAAGACUAUUCAUCCGCACUCACGGCACGAUGGGCUUGGCGUGUUUACGAGCCGUUCAGCAUGCCUACAGAGAAAGGGAGCGAGCUGACACUGUCUCUUCAAAAGCCAUCACAGUGGCACAGAUGAGAGAAGACCGUGAACAAGCUAAAGAACGCGUCAAAAUAUUUAAACAGGAGUACAAGGAAGCAUCGCUAAGGAGGAGAGUUCGAGAUGGUGUUAGAACCGCCGAGGCUCUCAAAGAGCGGCAAGCGAAGGAAGUUAUUGAACACGAACGGCUGUCGACAGCACGAGCUGUUACUGCGGAACAACUGAAAUCGAGACGGGCGGAUUGGGCGUUCAUAUCAGACUUUAACUGUCAGCACACAUCCAUUUCCAACGCGUUGCAGCGCCAUGACCGCGCCUCACAGAGAGAUGAACGUGUGCAGGAAAUUGAAGAUACCGUGCGCAAGGGGAAAGAAGUCUCACAAGAUCAACAAGCUCUGGUACGUCGAUACAUGGAACACCGGCAGUUGUUACGUCAAGCAGAGACAGCCAUGGCACGCGCUGAGUUGGACGCGCAUUUGACGCGGGAAGCCAGUCAGCGCAAGGUGGCUGCAAAAGAGCGCGUGGCACAAAUAAAGGCGCGAAACCAGGAUACACAGGAGUUUUAUUCUCCGCCUGUGACGCAUGCGCCGGCGAGACUUCCUCCGCUGGCCGUUGUAUCGCCCGUGCAAAUGGACGUCUGGAAUGACUUGGAAAAAUUUGAAUGGACUCCGGCGAGUCACGAACGCUGCUUUUCUGAGCCAUACGGUAGAGUGGUGUCUUCAAGAAGACAGCGAAUGUAUUCAUUAGAGCCCACGUACGGCAUAGCAUGAUGCAUGGGAACAUAAUUUUGAACGAGAUGCAGUGUGUGUUUUUAUGUAGCUAGCCAUAGACUCGAUUUUUCUUUUUUUUAUUAUUUAUUUAAAAAACACUGCACUCGAUCAAUAAGAAAGCUUGAGUGCAUUAUGCGUUGACGAUUAAAGAAGUUCUUAUUUAUUUUAAACCAGAAUGUAUAAUAUAAGUAGCGAAAAGGGACUUCAGUCGUUUUUUUUUUUGUGGUGAUUGAUAACAUUGUAGAUAGUGUGAGAUAUCAAAUAGUUUUACGACUUAAAGUCUAUAACACAGUGCAGAGAUAGU